UACAAGUGCUUGGAGUGUGGGAAGAGCUUCAGCCAGAGGAAAACCCUGAUCCGCCACCAGAUGAUCCACACUGGGGAAUGGGCCUAUGAGUGUGGGGAAUGUGGGAAGGGCUUCAGCUUCAGCUCCCAACUCAUUAUCCACCAGCGCAUCCACACUGGGGAGAGGCCCUACGAGUGUCCCGAGUGUGGGAAGAGGUUUCAGACGAGCUCCCAUCUCCUCGUGCACCAGCGGAUUCACACAGAUGAGAGGCCCUUCCGCUGCCCCGACUGUGGGGAGGUCUUCAAGCAAAACUCCCACCUUGUCAAGCACCGGCGCAUCCACACUGGGGAGAGGCCCUACAAGUGUCCCCAGUGUGGGAAGAGCUUCUCAGUCAAAUCUAACUUGACCCGACACCAACGGAGGCAUCAGUAA